AUGGCGAACGCAGGUGGGAUUAUGUCCAUUGAGCCCAUUGCGGAUCCUCGUGCAAAUCCACUUACGGAAAACGAGUUGACAAAGCCCGAGAUUAUGGAGCGCACCUGGGGUCUAGAAGCUCGAGUUGACGAUACUGUCUCGUUCGAGGAAUACGAAUACUGGGCAAAUAUUGAGCGUGCCGAUGAACUCGAACGAAACCGACAGUACAUCGAGAAGCGAGGUCCGCUCACAGCCGCCAAAGUGCUAAAGGCACGGUUCUCGCAUGGAAUUCAUCAUGAAGAGAAGAAGGAGCGGGAAAGCGCUCGUCAGGAGCUUGAUCAAGGCAAGGACUCUGGGAGUGAGAAGAAUAAUCUUUCUGGCGUCCAACACAAUGAAACAGCUGUGACAGAAGAGGAGUGGAAGACUGCAGCCAGAGCUUUGAAGACAGCUAGCUGGGGAACCGUCUUCUUUCUCAUCACCACUGAUAUCCUUGGUUGGGCAUCGACACCAUACGCGUUCUCAACCGUCGGGUACGGUCCUGGGGUUGCUCUCUAUGUCAUCUUUUCUAUUGCGGCUGGUAUCAGUGGUUAUAUCUUGUGGAAAGUCUAUUUGGUCCUUGAUUCCUCUCGAUACCCCAUUCUGAGUUACGGUGAUGCCUUUUUCCGCAUAUUUGGCAAAAGGUCACGCCACUUCAUCAAUGUUACCCAAGCAUUCCAGCAAUUCAUGACUGUCGCUGUCCUCAUUCUGGGUAGUGGUACAAUCAUUGCUCAGCUAUCGAACGGGUCAGUGUGUUAUAUCGCCUGCCUUGUAAUCUUCACGGCUUUCGGUAUCAUCGCUGGCUUGAUGCGUGGCUUGCAGCACGUCGGCUGGCUGGCUAAUCUCUCUGUCUGGUUGAAUAUCGUCAGCUUCCUCAUUGUCAUGGUUGCCGCCGCGAAAUAUCCUGUCUAUUAUCCAGCCACGACGCAAGGCACACGUAUUCACGACAUUGAGCCAAUUGUGAAGUUUGCAGGGCCACCCCCGUCACCGUAUCAGCCUGCAGCAGUUGGUUUCGCUGGGCAGUUGAACGGUAUCAACCAAAUGGUUUACAGUUGGGGUGGUGCUUUGCUAUUCGUGGCCUUUAUGGCUGAGAUGAGACACCCAAUGGACUUUUGGAAGGGACUUCUUUGUGCACAGAUAUUCAUUUGUGUCGUAUACGUCUUUUUUGGGGUCUUUGUUUACUCUUUCUACGGCCAAUAUUCCGCCCAAGUCAUCACAACUGCAAUUCAACCUCUAUCAUUGCAGACUGUUGGGAAUGUCUUUGCUCUGAUAACUGGUGGCAUUGCAUGCGUUAUGUAUUUCAAUAUCGGCAUGAAGACCGUCUAUAUUGAGGUAUUCGAGGAGGUUUUACACUUCCCUCCAAUUACGACUAAGAAAGGCCGUUGGAUUUGGUUUGCUUUAGGCCCAGUGUAUUGGAUCAUUGCCUUCAUUGUUGCCGCGUCCGUUCCAAAUCUGAACGGUAUCUCUGGCCUUGUUGGGGCUCUUCUCAUCCUCAACUUUACCUACACAUUCCCUGCUAUUCUGAACGUCGGGUUUAAUUGCCAACUUGGUGCCAAACUUCCAGGUGAAGGAUUCAACCCGACCACUCGUGUUACCACAAGACAUGACAACGGCUGGAAAAGAUGGGUUCGCGGAUACUUUAAGAGAUGGGCAGUCAACAUUCCUAGCACUCUCUAUUUCUUGGGCGGCCUGGCUCUUUCUGGUAUGGGCGCAUGGGCAGCUAUCGAGGGUUUGAUCAUCUUUUUCAGCGGACAGGGUUCAGUCGCCACGUCAUGGGGAUGCGCUAUUCCCGUCUAA